GCUUAUGUGAAUGUGUUGACAGAUCAAGUGAAGUGAAGUCUUAUCAAGAUAUAUUGGUUUGUGUUUUUUGUAAAGACGCACAUUGUAUUUGUUGCUUGUAGAUUUGUAGUGACAGGGUUCAUUCAUUAAUUCAUUGAUGAGUAAUUCAGUGACCAGAUGUCAUGGAGCCCAGUUUACAAUGUCUGCUAUUCUGUCUUUGGUUUCACUUCUACCCAGCUUGUACUCAAAUGCUGCAACAAGCUAGCCUAACAGCUGAGCCACAGAAUCCUGUGUUCAACGGUGAGACCGUCAAAUUGACCUGCUUGGUGAAGUAUUACAUUGGCUGGAGAUACAAGUGGUUCAAAAGGAACACCGGUGUCGAGCUGAGGCCCUCAGGGCGGUACAGCCAACGUGAGAACGUUUUCACCAUCAGGGGAGUGGCUGGAGAGGACAGCGGCCUCUACUGGUGUCAGGGGGAAAGCAACACGGGCUCCCUGCAGUCACACAUAAGCAAUGCUGUGCAGCUAGCAGUGACUGCCCUGCCCAGAGCUACACUGACUGUACAGCCUCAGCCUCCCGUGUUCACUGGAGAGACGGUCACUCUGAAGUGUGUGAUAGAGUCUCUCAGUGGCUGGACAUAUGAGUGGUAUAUGGGGCCGAGCACAAACCAGGUGUUUCAAUCUGAGGGAAACUCAUUCAUCAUCAGUGGGUUCAAGGAGUCUCAUGCAGGCCAGUGGUGGUGCAAGGGCCAGUGGAAACACAGACCUCUGUCUGUACACAGUAAUACCAUUCACCCGAGAGUGCAAGCCCUGCCUGCAUCUACUGUUGUUCUGCAGCAUCCACAGAGUCUGUUCUACAUUGGAGACAUUGUGUCUCUGAGAUGUGACAUCGCUGACUACACAGACUGGGGUCGGUAUUACUGGUACAGGGACUGCAGUUUGAUUCCCAACAUGACCACUAAGGCCAUCACUGUCGCUCUCCUUGACCACGUUGAACAGUUCCUGUUUACGUGUGAGGGAGAGAGGAACAGCAGACCAAAGAGGUCUCAACUCAGCGCAGCCAUAGAGAUCAUUGCAUUAGCACAAUCAGUUGAGAAAAAGAGCCUCAUGACUCCGGCCCCACAACCAAGCAAUAACAUCACUAAUGAUGGCCAAGAUGAAUCACUAGCCUUUCAAUCUGUAUCCCGAAUGGUUUGUUCCCUGCUGGUGGUCUCUCCAUACCUGAUUGUGACUGUUAUAUUGGUGGUUAAAUGUCACAGAUAUCGAGGGGCAAACGACAGGCACUCAAACAGAAAACACGGAAGAUUGAAGCCAUCUGUCUGAAGCAGGGAACAUUGAAAGAUAUGACAUAAGGACAACAUUACCAAUCAGUGAUUGAUGAACAACAAAUCAAUGAUGUAUUUAUGACAUUAUCAGUAUCAUAACCAAUAGAAAACAUGUCCCAUAUUGACCUGAAGACAACACAGUACAUUGAAGACAUGAAAACAAUGCCUAUUACAUAUGGGAAGCAGACGGCUCUAACUCAACCUCAGUGAUUUAUGCUAUGCAUGAAGCAUUGCUUAUUAUCAUUUUGGCAUGACAUUGUUUUUUAUGUCAUUUAUUUGUACUGUACACAUAUCCAAAUAUGGAUAUUAAUCAUUAUAUCUGGGAUGACAGAACAGCUACUUCUGUAUGUUCCUCAUCUGUGCCCUCAAAUAUUCUCUUCCGUCUGAAGAUGAACCGACAUGAGGGUAUCAGUGAAUAUGAUCAAAUGUAGUCAAUAUUUAUUGAAACAUGUAUUAUAAUAAUCUACAGAAUAUCAGACAUCUUGUAAAAAUAAAUGAAAAUAAAAAUGUUGCAGUAUUUCUUCUGUCAAUAAUAUGUGAGAUAAUUAGCUGCCACCUUCAACAGUGAAGUACUGGUGUGGUGUUUUUAAAUGAUACUGGCAUAUUACAAAUGUACUAAAUGUACUGUGAACA